GCAGCUUGUUUCCUGCAGAUCUUCUGUCUGUAUUCGUACGGAAACAUUGAAGUUUUAAACUUGGCCGUCAUGUCUUAUGAUCGAUAUCUGGCCAUCUGUUUCCCUCUGCAGUAUAAGACACGCAUGACCACUAAAAAGGUUUUCCUGCUUAUUGCUCUAAAUUGGUUCUCACCUUUUCUUGUAUUUGCUGUUUUGAUUUUGAUUAUCGUUCCUCUGCAGCUCUGUGGGAACAUUAUCAAUAAAGUUUACUGUGACUAUUACCUCAUCGUUAAAAUGUCCUGUUAUGACACAACAGUCUACAACACGUAUGGACUAAUUUACAUCUUUCUCACAGUCUCGUGGACUUUAUCUUUGAUCGGUUACAGUUACAUAAAGAUCCUGAAAGUCUGUUUUUCGGGCUCCAGACAGACGAGGCAGAAAGCCGUGAGCACGUGCUCGCCUCACCUCGCCUCGCUGCUCAACUUCUUUGUCGGGGCGAGCUUUGAAAUAGUGCAGAGCAGGUUUGACAUGAGCAACACGCCCAUUAUGCUGCGCAUCUUUUUAUCCUUGUAUUUCCUAACGUGUCCGCCGCUCUUUAACCCCGUACUGUACGGACUGAAACUGUCCAAAAUCCGUGUUUUGUGCAAAAAUGUGAUUCGUGUCAGCGGUCAGCAGAUAGCCUCUGUGCUGGCGUCAGAGCGACUGCAUCGAACCGUAAUUUCCCCGUGA